AUAUUAACGGCGGCGCACGCGCAUCCAACACAGUGACACGCCAAUCGCCACGCCAAUAUGAUCCGCAACAUUGCUUUGACCCUGGUCGUAGUGGUCGCUAGCCACAUGUGCUUAGCGAACCCCGUACCAGAACCAGACCCCGUUCACAGAACACACGUGAGAAUUCACGUGCCAUAUGAAGUGCAUACCUUACACCACCAUCACGUUGAAACCGUUCCUGUGAUCAAAGAGGUCCCUGUGAUCAAACCAGUGCCUGUCAUUAAGGAGGUCCCGAUUAUCAAAACUUUGCCUGUAGUCCAAACUGUUCAUGUACCAGUGCAUCAUACCGUACAUGUCGAGAAACCAGUGUUCGUGCCAAUUAAAGAGCAUAUCUCCUUCUCUUCUUGGCACUAAUAGGCCGAUAGUAAAACCUCUUUAUUUGUAUUAUAGAAAUAAUGGGAAUUUAUUAUAAUAUUUUAACCAAAAGAGUGUGCUGUUUCUGUCCAAAUCGAUUGAUGUAGUUAUUGUUAUUCAAAUGUAUACCUCUUUGAUUUAGUUUUAGAGUUCAUUAUGCUCUAAACAGCUCACAAUUAAAGUCUGAUUAUUAUCUUAGAAUUUGUACUACGUGAAUGAAAUUUCUUUUUAAUCAGAUUAGUGGCGAACAUGUUGUUACUUUUCUGGAGUGUAAAUGAACUAAUUUCCACACUGUUAUACUGAAAUUAGAUUAAAAGGACAUUUCAUUUAUGUAAACUAUAGUCUAUAUAUCUUUGUAAAUGUGUGAUAGUUACCGUACUAUAAGUUAAACUAAACAAGUAGGUAAGGAAAUGAAUAAACCAUUUACUAACUCAAAGCUGAGACGCGUCUAAUUUACUUAAACAUUUAUGAUGUAACUGCAAACGUGUGCAGAUUAAGUAUUUAGUUUAUCAACUAAAGCAUUAUGCACUAUAAUAUAUUGGCAUUUAGGUAUAAUUCAAAAUGCAGCUCAUGACUCUUGAUAUAAUUAAUUUAAAUAAGGUUUAACGAAGUGCACUAGUCUGUAACAACAUCAAAAAUGUCGGGUAACAAAUGAGUUUAAUUAGCAAGCCACGUAGCUUGUACUGGCAACCGCCAUUUUAAUUGAACGAGUGAACGAUACAACUAUCGAAUAUUAUUAUGAAACGUAAAUAAUGCUAGUAUUAGCAAUUAUUCGAUUGUUUAUACGAUUAUUCGAUGUUUGUUGUAAUUAGAUUGUGUUUCAUUAUGUGCAUAAGUUUGUUUUGUUAAGAAUUGUUAUUGAAAAUUUUGUAUUAAUAAUUUUGGUACUCGAUAUUAUUUUAACAUGCACAUUUUAGUCUUUAUCUAGUCGUCUUAAAGUAUACAUUGCAUUGUCUACAUCGAUUUCAGUGGCACAUGAACAGGAGUAAUAAAACGUAUAUUUGUUUCCAUUAUUUCUACAAUAUGUAUAUCGAAUGUAAUAUAUCGUGUACAUAAGUACGUAAAUACUCUUUUAUAUCACAUAGUAAGAUUUAAAUAAUUCUUCUGUGAUAUGAUAAUACAGUGUAAAAUUUUGU